GGCACUCUUCUUUCGGAACGAACACUCCAGUGUCUUCGUAUACGAACGCCAGCGUUCGCCUGUGCUCCAGCUAAUACAUAGCCUAGAAUAUAUACAGAGAAAUUCACAUACGCACUAUUUUCGAUUCUGAAGAUGUCUGUCUAAGGGCCCCAGUGAUCGGAGAAAUCAUCGACAGAUAAGGCUUUUACUAACCAAGUGACAGACGUCAGUUGUUCGAAGGCCUUCCGGCCGCGUUUAUCGUUCUCGUAGCCUUAACUUUUGUCCCAUUCACAAAUCAGGAAAAUGAAACAAUUAAAUAUGCCCGCUCUAUUGAACAGUGACUGGCGUGCGACUGAGGCAGUCUAUGUUGUUACACGUUAGUGAACCUCUCGUGAUUUGAAGACACUAGAUCUUCUAUUCCAUCGCGGUGGGCAGAAAUAUAUUUAAAGGGAUCAGUGCCUCUGACCUUGCAGUGCGCCGGUUGCAACAGAUUUUCGGAUUUCUUUCAACACCUGUCGUGCAUCUUAGCAAAACAGGCGGCCAUUGUACUAAUUGCGGACUAAGCGUAUUCAAUAGCCUAACUUGAGAAGGCAUGAAAUGCUUUCAACUGGUCGUUGUAAUGCUCUGCGAAAAACUGCUGCCUUAUUUCAGAUUCGAAACGAUACGGUUCUGAUCAGUAGUCAAAAAAAGCACGACGACCGAAAUCUCCCAAAUCGAAAACAUCGAAGGCCACAAAAGCCGGUAAGCGUCCGAAAACUAUGCAACCGAAGGGCGGAGGUACCCGGAAGAGUCAAGCACAAAAGAGCCGUGCUGCGUCGCGAAUGAGCGUGGCUGGCAGAAGAAAGAGUGUAAUUGGCCAAAAAAAGAGCGUGGGAGCUCGAAAGCAGAGAGAGUCACUUUUUGCCUCAUUUAAAGAUACGACCGUUGAGGAAGGCGCUGAAUGUGGGUCACCCAGCGACGAGCGACAUAUGCUGAACUCAAACCGUCUAAUCAUAUCGUUAGCUGUUUUGGCAGUAUCGAUCUUGUUCGCGUGGCUUCAUUCAAGCAUCAUGUUCGAUCGAUAUAAAAGAAUGAAACGAAUUCACUAGCUCACUUGUGUUGUUUCAACGUCUAUCGCCAACUGGCCUGCUUGCAGCAAUGGACCGGGGGUUGCUUAUGAACUGGGUGUUAACAACACAGGGGUUGCAAAAUCCCAGAGAAGAGAUGAGGAGCCUUCGUUGAUUCAACGUACGUACCAACGCAUGCGCGUAGUCCGAAUAGACAGACGAAUUGGGCCGGAAAUCGGCUUUCAACCAAUAAAAUUGUAAGGUAUCUAAAUUUGCUCAAUGA